AUGUUAAUAUAUUAAUCCCACAAUCCCUUGAACGAAAUACACUUCGGGGACAGAGCCAUAUACAGCUUCAGCUACAGUAGCUUUCGGGUUAAAGCUGCGGCUGCAUACAGUGGUCUUUCCUUCGUGCCAGUAGUCUGCGGUGUCGCGUUAAUUAAAGUGACUUGAUCGUAUAAUCAUGAGCCUGCCCAGGUACGUUCAUUCGUCGAAAACAAUACAACGAUUCAAGCACGUGCCCAGCAAAGUGGCACAGGGCAUAGCCGAGCAUCAGGCUAUGGACAAGAAGCGUCGCAGUUUGAGCAAUAAGAAUGAGUGCCACAACUCCAUGCCACACAGUGGCGCAAUAGAGAGCGGCGCCUGUGCUCCCGUGGGCCGCGAUCAGAGCGAAGCGGACAUCCAAGCCGAGGGGGACCAGCAGCGUCGCCGUCCGAUAGGUAACGUCUGUGGCCCCAGUUCCAUGCUGGAGUACCUGACGCCCAGAGAGCGCGGUCGCGACUUCUGGGUGGGCGAGGUGCAUAACCUCGACGAGUCACUGGCUGGCAGCAAUGGGCGCAGCUACGACCGUUUGAUCAUCGAGAAUGACCGCCUGCUCAAAGAGAAUGAGCGCUUGAGGAAUGAAAAGGUGCGCCUGGUGGCCGAUAAACUGAGCGCGCAGGAAUUCAUCAAUUAUCUGCAGGCCAAGCUGGACGAGAAUACAAUAGAGACGAUGCACAUGAAGCGCAGUUUGAUCACCAUUCGCCAAAGAAUGGACACCAAGAGGAAACACGAGCGCGACACUCCACAACCAGCAAGCGUCCCAAAGGCACAGUGGUGAGGAUCUGCCACAAUUUUCGUCUUGCUUUCGUUUUAUUUAUUGUAGCGAAAUUUGAUAUGUUAUGUUGGGUGUGUAAUAAAAUACGUACAUGUACAUAUA